AUGUUAAGUCUCGCGCGGUACCUGCUGCGAUUUGACCGGCAGGGUUCGACGGACGGAAGGGCUGGUGGCGAUGGCGAUCGCGGACUGCCACAACCCCUCGCCAGCGACUCCUCUGACAUUCCGACUGUCACUGGCGCCGGCGUCCACAAUGUGCUACGCGAAGCACCUAUGCUGCUGACCGAAUUAAUUUGUAGUGGGACAGACUUGCGCAGAAUCUACUGCACUCCCUCCUCCCUCACUCACUAA